GCGUAGCACUGGACCGCACCGACCAAUAAACAGAAGUUCGCGGGUACCUAGUAUACCGUACCUUUUUUCAGCGCUCUACCUGCCUUUUUUUCCAAUUUGAUCUUCUCCAACUUUUCGUCCAAUCCAAACAUUUAUUUGCGCCGUUCUUUUGCGACUGAAUUCCAAGUUUGCCAUUGAUCAAUCGCAACGCUUUUCUCAUUCUCACAAAUUCUACUUUGAACUCCUGAAUACUCAUUCACUUGUUCACACACCUAUCUACGUCUCUUCCUGAACGAAUAUCGUCACGAUGGCCACCGAUAACAGCGCUACCGUCCCCCAGGACAGUUCCGCCACCAAGGCGUCCGAGCAGCCUCUGAAGGGCAAGGGCAAGGCCACCGCCGCUGAAGAGCCCGCCGACACCACUAUGGAUGAGGAUGAUGAUGACGACGAGGAUGAGGAUGAGGCCGAGGAAGGUGGUGAUGAUGACGCUGAUGACAACAUGGACGAGAUUGAUCUCAACAACAUUGUCGACGGUGGUCGCCGAACUCGUGGUCGUGUUAUCGACUGGGCCAAAGCUGCUCAGGAGCACCCUGCCGAGGACGAUGAUGACGAGGAUGAGGAUGACUACGAGCCCGCCGGCGAGGAGCAGGAGCAGGGAGACAAGAUGGAUGAGGACUAAACUGGUUCGCCAGUUCCUCUCCCCUCGUGCGCUAACUCGGUAGAUACGGGACUUCCAACUUGUCUACCAAUCGGAUCUGCAUCGUCACACAUUUCCCCUCGGCGUUUAGGAGCCCUCAUCACUCACAAUCGGCUUUGCUACGACUUCCGGCUCUUAAGUCUCAGGUAUUUCACGUAUUCCGGACAUGGAUGGACAAUUACGGGUGGAACGUCAUGGCUGUAGCAAGCAUGGUAGCUCAAGGUCUACUCUGGACUGGGUUCGGCCCAACUUAUGAACAUGAACACAUGCACAUGAAAUAAAAACGACUUGCACAAUUA